UUUUCCCUCUGUUCCUUCUCUUUCUUUCUAUUCUGACCCCUCUUCUCAUUUCAGUUCUACAAUCUCUCUUUCACCCAAAACCGAUUUCUUCCCCUACCUUCCCCCAGACGCCAAUUCCCCGUUAUUGGCGUCUGGUUUGGCUCCUCUCGAGCUUGCUACAAAGGUACAAUUAUAGCAAAUUACCUCUCUGUUUUUUUUAACCAAGGAAAACAGAGCAUUUAUCCAUUCUUCCUUUUUUGCAUUAUUUAUCUUACUUCCCCUGUUUUGAAUCACCCCACGCAUCAUCUCAUUUUCCUUUUCUUCUUCCAUGAAGCUGUAAACGAUGAAAGGCAUAAUUCAAGACGUGAAAGGAAGAAAAGCUGUCUAUGGAGAUGACUGGAGCAAUGCCUUCGCCGCCGGUCCCAGGAUUUUCGCCCCCAUUGCCUACAUCUUCUUCGCUUCCGCUCUCCCCGUCAUCGCUUUCGGGGAACAACUAAGCCGGGAAACAGAUGGAAGCCUGAGCACGGUGGAGACCCUGGCUUCAACGGCUCUUUGCGGAAUCAUCCAUUCCCUUAUCGGCGGGCAGCCAUUGUUGGUGGUGGGAGUUGCAGAGCCUACUGUCAUCAUGUACAGCUACAUCUACACUUUUGCCAUCAGCUCCGAUGCCGUAGGAAAAAAGCUCUACCUUGCUUGGGCUGGAUGGGUAUGUGUAUGGACAGCUCUCAUGCUCAUUCUCCUCGCCGUGUUCGACGCCUGCAACAUCCUCAACAAGUUCACCAGACUUGCAGGCGAGACAUUUGGAAUGUUGAUCGCCGUUCUCUUCUUCCAGCAGGCCGUAAAGGGGAUGGUGGGUGAGUUCAGCCCUACGGAGGGCGAGGACGAAAAAUCACCAGACCACAGCUUCCAGUGGCUAUACGUAAACGGCCUUCUGGGAGUCAUCUUCACCUUCGGCGUUCUCAUCACAGCUCUGAAGAGCAGAAAGGCGAGGUCUUGGGAAUACGGCACCGGAUGGUUUCGAAGCAUCAUCGCCGAUUAUGGCGUCCCAUUGGUGGUGAUGGCAUGGGCGGCACUGUCGUUGACAGUGCCGCGCCAGGUUCCCGAAGGAAUUCCGCGGCGGCUGCAGACUCCCCUGCCCUGGGACCCUGCCUCAAUGGGACACUGGACCGUCUUCAUGGAUAUGGCAAAAGUGCCACCGGGGUUCAUUCUGGCUGCGAUCAUACCAGCUGUGAUGGUUGCAGGGCUUUACUUCUUCGAUCAUAGCGUUGCUUCUCAAAUGGCACAACAGAAGGAGUUCAACAUCAAGAAGCCCUCUGCUUACCAUUACGACAUUUUAAUCCUCGGCAUCACGACUUUGAUUUGUGGAUUGAUUGGUCUCCCUCCCUGCAAUGGAGUUCUCCCGCAGUCUCCUAUGCAUACCAAGAGCCUUUCGGUUCUCAAUGGACAGUUGAUAAGGAAGAAGAUGGUGCAAACAGCUAAGGAAAGCAUGAUGCAGCACGAUAGCAAGUCGAAAACCUACGGCAGGAUGGAGGAGGCUUUUGUUGAAAUGGAUGGAAGUGCAGCUCCAUCAGCGGCGAAAGAGUUGAAGAACCUGAAAGAAGCAGUGAUGAGUGAAGGAAGCAAAGAGGGCGGCGAGACCAGCUUCGAUCCGGAGAAGAUCGAUGCUUACUUGCCUGUUCGUGUAAUCGAGCAGCGGUUCAGCAACUUCAUGCAAUCGCUCCUUAUCGGCGUGUCGCUAAUGGCGAUGCCUGUGAUCAAGAAGAUCCCGACUUCGGUCCUGUGGGGCAUCAGGGAGAAAAUCCUGCCCAAAUUCUUCCAACCCAAUCAUCUGAAGGAGCUCGACGGGGUCGAGUACGAAGAAAUCGAAGGCGACCCGAUGCGCACCCGUUCGAUGUCGUUAAGGAGGACCAAUUCCAGAGACGCAGGAUUUGAGGAAGAAGCUGAGGUGUUUGAUGAGUUAACUACUGGCAGAGGCGAGCUGAGGCUGAGAUCUGCGAGCGUGAGUCAGGAGAGGAGCAACCAGGCAAGGAGUAAAAAAACAGAGCAUGGCAUUUUGAAUGCUUUCUUGAGAGAUGCUAAAGAAAAAGUGGGUAUUGAAACCCUCAUUUCCCCUUUGUUCUCGACUCACAAGCUUUCUUCUGCAACAAUGGAGGAUGGUUCAGUUUCACGGGCCGGCCCACGAUUCUUCAAAAUACUCCUGCAGGAAGACAUUGAUCAAGACCAGCACAUGAUGAUUCCCAUGAAAUUCAGCAAUGAGCAUUGCUAUGGUCUCCCAAGUAAGGUGACUCUCGAGCUCCCAAAUGGGGAUUCCUGGCUCGUACAGCUGGUUAGAGAUGAUGAAAGAAGGGUUUGGUUCAAGAAGGGAUGGCAGCAGUUCUCGCGACACUACAGCUUCCAACACGGCCACUUCCUGCUCUUCGAGCUUCAGGGGGAAUCCCAUUUCCACGUCGUGGUAUUCGGACGAUCCGCGUCGGAGAUCGACGACUCGAAGUUCGCAGUCGAUCGCUCCUGCCCUGAAGAAGUAGCUCCAGGUGUUGGGAGGAUGAAGAAGGUGGGAGAAGAUCCCAAAGGCAAAGCUCCUGCUGCAGAAUUUGCAGACAAUGCUGGAAGAAAGUUGAGACCUUCAUCCUCCAACCUUCCAAAUGAUCCUGGCCUCGCUGCAGCCGGGGCGAACAUUCCCACGAAGCAGCCUUCUUUCAGUAAAGUGAUCAACAAGCAUUUCUCUUCUCGUGGCAGUCCUAAUUUCCCACUGGAUUUCAUCCGCAAGUACAUCACGAAAUCGAGCAUGGAGUUGCUGCAGCUUAGAGUUGGCGACAGAACAUGGGAGGUGAAGCUGUUGGCUUACGAUCACCACGGCUACAGUAUCCCGUCCAGAGGCUGGAUCAAGUUUGCCACUGACAACAAGUUGAACAAAGGCGACAUUUGCAGAUUUGAAGUCGCCGCCACGAAGAAGACGCUCAACGUCCACAUCCAGAGAUUGGGUGUGGCUGAUGAAGAUGUUUUGAUUGAUUUUUGGGGGUUAAUGGGUCACAUCUUAUCUUGUUUUCUUCGCUGUCUUUGUGGCGGCCGCCGCAAAGAUCGUGAUGAUGAAGAGAUAGCAAGGCCGAAAUCGGUCCAACAAGGCGAAAAUCCCCUGCCUCCAACAGCCACCAUCAUUGAAGAUGUGAACCUCCGUGAUGCACUGCUCACCUCCAUCUCCAAUGGUGAUGGGGAAUUACAGCAGCAUGGCUUGUUGGUUGCUUUAGAAACACCUCAAGUUCCAAAACACUUUGUUUUGUUUCCGGGGAGCAGCACUCCACCAAACCCUCCCUGCAGCAAUGUCGAUCCCUCCACUGAAGCUCCAUUGUCAAUGCAAGAUGGGCUUGGAGAUUCAUCAAUUGGUAGGCAGCGGGGUGACAGUGUAACCAUUGAUUUCGAUCAGCUCGUGCAUAUGAAGAAGGGGCAAGGAAGAAGUUAUGAUCAAGUAUGUGUGGAUAUCUCGGCCUUUAAGCAAGCAGAGUUAAACAGCCGACAGGAAGUGAAGCUGAAGCUGUGCGAGGUGAAGGAGGUGUGGAAGAAGCAUUACUGCAGCAGGCACGUGAUUCUACUGGUCGGGGAAGGCGAUUUCUCGUUCUCGGCUAGUUUGGCUUUGGCCUUUGGCACUGCUGCUGUCAACAUAGUUGCUACUUCACUAAAUUCCCAAGGCGAGUUCAGGAAUAAUCUAAUAAAGUUUUUGAGCAAGAAUUACAGUAAAGCUAUGGCGAACAUCGCAGGACUAAGAGCUAGAGGGUGUUUGGUAAUGCAUGGGUUGGACGCCACGAAAAUGGCAGAACACGGCUCGCUCAAGGGAAUCAAGUUUGAUCGCAUCGUUUUCAACUUCCCAUUCGCUGGAUUCUUCCGCGAAGAAUCCAGGGAUUCACAGAUUCGGAGGCACCAGAAGCUGAUAAGACUAUUCUUCAAGAAUGCCAAAAAGCUGCUGAAAGAAGAUGGAGGGGAAGUUCACAUCACCCACAAAACGAAUGCGUUCCAUAGGGAAUGGGAUCUGAAGGGCUUGGCUUCCGCCACCGGGUUGAUGCUUGUUGCAAGGGAGGUGUUUCAUUUCAUAGACUAUCCAGGCUACAAUACCAAGUGCGGGUUUGGAGGCGACGGGAACUUCAACUGCAAUCCCAGCAGCACCUACAAAUUUCAAGUUCAGAAAACUGCAACCUAA